GGUGUUGUUGUGUUGUGACUGCCUGGCCUGCUUCAUGUGACUCGGCAUCGGCGGACGAAUCGUGGAACACAUGCGCAGUUUUAUUAAUUCGUGAUUGGAUGAUCUAUGAAUUAUGUUCUGAUUAUUGGUUACUGUGUUUUAAGUUCGAUCGCGGUUACUUUUAUACCAAUUUUUUUCUCACUAUUUCUGAUUAUCUUCUAAUUUCGUAGUGCUCUCUCUGUAAAACGUAGUGAUUUAGGUAUAUUCUCGUAGGUGCACCGAGGUCGCGUCGCAAAAUGUCGGUGUGUUUCUUCGUGCCAGCUGACCAGGCAAGCAACAAUGCAGAGGAGGCGGAGCAGGAGGGCGCGGAGGAGGCUCAGGCCGACUCCUCUCAGCAGACACUGCAGCAAUUCUGGCAGAACAUCUUGGAGGACAUCAAGAAAGUCAAUGUGGAAGACUUCAAGACCCAGGCUCUCCCACUAGCUCGUAUUAAGAAAAUCAUGAAACUAGAUGAAGAAGUGAAGAUGAUAUCUGCGGAAGCUCCCGUGAUGUUUGCCAAGGCUGCGGAGAUCUUCAUCCAUGAACUUACACUGCGGGCUUGGCAUCACACUGAGGAUAAUAAAAGGCGGACUUUGCAGCGCAAUGACAUAGCUAUGGCGAUAUCCAAGUCGGACCAGUUCGACUUUCUGAUCGAUAUCGUGCCGCGACAUGAGGUGAAGCCUAGCAAGCCGCGCGAGGAGUCUCCACGAGCUUCGACCUCAUCUGAUCAGUACUGCGUGCAGCUGUCCCAGCAACAAGCGAUGACUAGUUCCGCGCAGCCGCAGUUCAUUGUACCCACGCAGAUAGUGCAGCAACAGCAGUCGGGCUCGGCGAGCACGUCGGGCAGCGUAGUCCCGCAGCCGGUGGCGCUCGUGCAGCAGUUGGUGUCCGGCGGAGACGUGCAGCAGAUGCCAAUUCAACUGUCGCAGGCGCAGCUGAACAUGAUCCGACUCCAGGUGCAGAACAACCCGAGCCAGCCCAUCAUCAUACAGACGCAGCACCAGUCGCCGCAGAUCAUACAAGUGGCAUCACAAGCGCAGCACCAGCCGCAACAGCAGCAAGUAUUUUUGGCGCAAGUGGCCUCUAGCCAGGAAGAGUCCUAGAGCAGCGGCGACCCCCACUCCAGCGGAUAGAUCAGUGACCAGACAGAGACAGUCAAAUUAUUGUGUGAAAUAAGAUUUUUGUGAAAUCGGGUUUGAGGAGACGGAGGGUAACGCCGUCUGCUGCUUUAGUUUUGAGCGGGCGCACGAUACCGCUUUUAUUUCUUUGGUUUUGCUGAAGUGUGAACAUAAUUUAUCUAAUAAGAGUUUUUACCUAUUCAUAACACAAUUUACGCCAUGACUAUACCUUGUUGCAGGUACAUAUACAAGAUUGAUAAAUAGUUCAGCGCUAAAGUGCACAGACAUUUUUUGUUCUUAAUCUGAGUGUACAUGGGUGCUUUGUAGAGAGGUGUGAUGUUCAUGGAGGCGACGAGGAUGCUCGCGAUGCUACUGGUUAUAAAUUCCUCCUCAUUUUGGUACAUUUCUUUCUUGUGCCUAGAUUUGCUGGUAGUUGGUAAGUAGGUCCUUGGUUAUCAGACCAGACACGUCAAGACUGUACACACUACAUCUACUUAUUAUAUCGAGUUUUGAGAGUUUUCCAAAGAUACUAUAGUAAGAGAGGGGGAGUGGUGCCUUUCCAGGUACUUAUCGUACUUCUUAAAAGGAAUCUGGAACUGAGUUACGUCGAUGGAAGGUUCAUGUAGUUGAUGGUGGUUGUUCGCAAGGGAGGGGCUUGAGUCCUUACGUGUCAUUAUGGUGGUUCUUUUGCAAUAUUAGAUGCUGCGGAUUUUUUUGUGGAUUUGUCGGGAGUUAGGAGCUUUGGCUCGGCCAAAUCAAAUUGUGUUCCAUUUUCUAGACUGGAGAUGUCCGGAAUAUGAAAGGCAAAUUCUGCUUUCGUCUUUUGUUGAGUAUUUUUUGGUGACGUGGCUAGGUGAGAGUAUUCCACCUUAGGCCACAAGUUGAGGCAUAAGUUGAGUUGUGUUCAAUCGCGAACCCAUUAUUAUUAUUAUUUUUAUAUGCCACAUUUUUUCAAUGUAACCGGUUUUAAUGUUAGGUUGUUAUAGUAUUAAGAUUAAUAUAACAACUAUUUAAUGUCAUAUGAU